AUGCUCAAUUGCUGUUUUAGCUGUCUGAUGAUCAAGAUCUACUGAACUUCUUUAAGCCUCUGCAGAUAUGAAAACGCUGAUGAUAUAUGCUGUUCUGUUCGGGGUGGUGGUUGCAACGACAAAGGAAGGAAACUUUUUUCAAGAUCCACAAGAAACUGUUGCAAAACGUGGUGCUGUGAGAAAGGACAUAUUAAGUACCAUGAGUUGUCGAUACUUGAAAACCAAGGGUUUCUUGACCAGAAACAUAAAGUUGAGAAAGCUUUGCCUCACGACUUUCCAUUGCAACGACGUCCUUUCAAAGCAUAGCUGCAAAAUCAUCAAAGGAAGCAACGAUUGUAAAAAAGAUCAAAAACUUAGUCUGAUGUACUGUCGUUUUACUUGCAACAAAUGUGAAGUCCAGCAAUGCACAAAAAGCAAACCUCUCGGAAUGCAGAGCAAGGCCAUUCCCGACUCCAAGAUUACCGCCUCUACGAUCUUUUCAAGCAGAUACCGUGCAUCGCUUGCAAGAUUGCACCUCAACAAAUGUGGCUGGGCUCCAACAGCUAAAGGCAGGCACGGUUCGUGGUUAAAGGUCGACCUUAGCACAGUUCACACUGUAACAGCCAUCGCAACACAAGGUUCAGGGUGCAAUUCAGAGAGGAUGAAAACCUACAGACUGCAGUACAGUUUAGAUGGCAGCACCUUCUGGAAUUAUCAAGCAGGAAAGGUCUUCAAAGGAAACACUGAUCAAAAUACUGUUGUGAAGCAUGACCUAAACCCUCCAAUCAGAGCGAGGUUUAUCAAAGUCGUCCCAAAGACAUGGAAUGGCUACCCUACGAUGAGAAUGGAGCUCUACGGAUGCAAAUGAGAAAUUAAAAGCACAAAAUGGCUGCCAAGACAAGUAAAGAUAUAAUCUUAACCAAGUUAAAUGAUGAUCAGAAUAUAAUCAACUGAUCUAAAUAUCUCAUUAGUAGUACAUUUUAAGGAAUACUAUGUCCAGCGCUCUUGCGUAGAAUAAAGUGAAUGUGA